CCCCACCCACCCACGUGCUUCACAAUGGCCAAUUUCAAUCCUGGAGAUGUUGAUCCAGAGUUGCAGCGUUUUGUGCAAAUAGAGACACAGAAAGCUCGAUUUCAAGCCAACGUACACCAAUUUACAGAUCUUUGUUGGGAUAAGUGCAUUGACAAGGUACCCAAUCGUAUGGACGGUAAAACUGAACAGUGUUUUGUGAACUGUGUGGAGAGGUUCAUGGACACUUCAAACUUUAUUGUUAACAAACUGAGUACAAUGGGAAGGAACUAGAGCAAUAGUGGGUGGGUCUGUGUAUUAUUAAUGAUAUGGGUGUGGCAAUUAAUCAUCGUUAACGUUAAAUGUUGAUACUAUUA